AUGAUUUUGCGGUAUCCAGGUCGCCUGGUGCGACGCCUUAACGGGCAGGUCAGCUUUGGUCACUUGGCACCUUGGACUGGCUCGCGGGUCCGUCAUUGGGGGCCAAGCAGUGCUACAAGCAGGCUGCGCUUUUCAACACAGAGCGGCAAAAGAAGAGAAGAAAUCCCCGACGAUGCACAGGGCCAACAAGGCCCCAACUUCUCUGCAGAGCCCACCCUGCUGGCUAAGAUGGGAGAGUCGGCUGCCACGACUUUUGCAUCCAUACUGGUGCUGGGCCUUGGCUUUGCGGCUGCUGGUUACAUCUAUCACAAGACCUACAAGAUGCUUGUCCUCUCCAAGAUGACUCGUGCUUUUGAGCCCGGUGAUCCCGUCCUCGAACUGGCCGCCAUUGGCAAGGAUGUCCCCCAUCAGGGUGGUUCCAGUGAGCACUGGAUACCCCGUCCAGAGCAGGAGCGUAUUGACGAUAUUGUCAUGGGACGCAAUGUUGGACACUACCAUCUUUUGAUUGGUGAUAAGGGCUCUGGCAAAAGCAGCAUGUUGAUUGACGCAAUGCGCAAAAAUGAUGGCGACGGUGUGGCCAUGUUUGAAGCACAUGCCGACCUCGAAAUUUUCAGGAUUCGUCUCGGUAAGGCUCUCGACUAUGAGUUCCAUGAGGACUAUAUCGGAGGCUACUUCAGCGAGAGGGGUCCACGUGAAUCCACGGCCUUACUUGACAUUGAACGCGCCCUCAACAAGUUGGAAAAGGUUGCCAUGCAGAAGCGACGAGAAAGGGGCAAGCCACUGGUCGUCAUUGUUAACCAGAUGCAUCUCCUUCGCAACGAUGAAGAUGGGCGAGACCUUAUUGAACUCUUGCAACAGCGGGCUGAGCAAUGGGCUGCCGCUAACUUGGUCACGAUGGUCUUCAAUUCUGACGACUACUGGAUCUACGAGCGUCUGAAGCAGCUGGCCACCAGGAUGGAGGUCCUCCCUGUCACUGACCUGCCCAAGCAGCAAGCUAUCUCGGCCCUCCAGAGGUAUCGUCAAAGAUAUUUCAGGGAGAAUCUUGAUAGUGCGAUACUUGAGGAGAUUUAUGACAAAGUUGGUGGUCGUCUGAGCUUCUUGAACCGGGUGGCCAAGAGCAGAGAUAUGCUUGGAACCUGCGAGAAGAUCAAGGACAUUGAGAAGAGAUGGUUCCUUAACCAAUGCUGGAUCCUCGGCCCUGAGAUGGAUGACGAUGUUAUGGAUCAGCAGAAGUGGGCGGCCGCUGCCAUGUGUCUGGCCAAAGCUCUGGUCGACAAGGAAGAGGAGAUGUCACAAACUUACGACCCCGAUGUCGGCCACAUCCUUCCUACGUAUCCCUUCCAUAUUGCUCAGCAGAUCAUGACGAGAUGCGACUUUAUUCGGGAGCUCGACAGCCUGAACCUGUUCAGCAUCACCAGCCAAGCGGAUGUUCGAGCGAGCAGCGUUCCGAUGCACCGAGCUUUCAAAGAGAUCUGCGCCGAGCCCAACUUUGAGAAGCAUCUGGAGGGUACGAUCCAGAGAAUUGCCGACAUUGAGAGUUUGGGCCGAACUCGCGAGCUGGUGGCCAAGGACUUGGUCCUGGGCGGUCAGUACGAGAUCGAGCAGAACCGAAAGGGCAUUACGGUGAAGCUCAAGGAGGCGGAGAAGGAAGACGAUUAA